GUAAUUAUUACUGAAAAGAAAAUGAUAAAGGCGUGGUGCAGUUCGGUGAAUACCUUGCGAAUUACCCGUUAACUCCCGGCUGCCACACACGUAGAGGAAACUAUGGAAGAGCUGCAGAAGCUGCAGAAGCUGCAUAGCAUGAUUGAAACAAUGCAAUCUUUCGGAAUAAUCGGCUCUCCCGAAAAACACGAUUCCAACUCUCUUCGCUUUCUCGCCAACUUCGCCCUCCUCUUGGUCGAAGAAGGAUGCGAGCUUGAUAUUGAUACGAAAUGCCUACUCAUUCUUCAACACCUUCCAAGGUUCUCUCCCGAGUUCUUUGAGGAAGCAUCAAAGUGCAUCUCUGGGGAAGGUUCUCUUCCGAAGCCAAUGGCUCAAGACAUCCAAAAUUCUGCGUCCAUUUGCUCUAAUGAUGAGAAGGUGGGCCCCGAUCAGAAACAAUGGGAUUUCAGAGAUGUUGCUCUAAUCAGUAUGGAUGGCAUUCUACAUGCUAACUCUACAUUAGAAGACUUUUGUAGGUCAUACUUUAUGUUUCACGGAAUUGAUGCACACCAGCCUCAAUCGAUAUUCAAAUACCUACCAAUUCUAUCAUUCACUGAAAGUUUUAUCUAUCAGUUGGAUAAAUUAAAUGAAAAGUUUCUGCGGCCAUCAUGGAGGCAGAAUACCAUUUUAUGCAACAAACCUUGUGGGGGAGGUGAUCAAAGCUUGCCUCUAAAACCUGUCAGCAUCACAUCUGAUGCAUUUGGGCCACUAGUUAACAUUCUUGAUCUUCAAGGGCUUUUGACAGAUAGGAUAAGUGAAGAAUUUAGGAACGGAAUUAAGUACUGGUCCCUUGAAAGGAAGCUAUGCAAUGCCCUUGCAAGCAAAUUGCAGGUAUCUGUUACCGAUGUCAUGCGGGCUAUUCAAUUGAAGUCAUUUGAUUAUCGAGUGCUGAGUCUUUUACUGUAUCAACUGCGUGGAGAAAAGGUGAAUGAGUUGCAUAUGGAGUUCUUGUCGAUUUCGGAGUUCCUUGUAGAGAUAUCUGAUGACCUGUAAGUACUAUCAAGGGCAUGACCGCAUGACCACAUGAUUGAUACUACCUCCCUUUUCCCAAUCAUUUCUCAUAUUUGUUCCCAUCAUUGUGAUAUGGGAAAUAUUUUAUGUUUCCUGUGUUGAUAAAUACUUUUUUUGGUUGAUUUUGAAUGCCCGACACAAAACACAAUUUGGAUGGUGUCUCUAAUGAAUAAGUGGAUGAUGUCGUCCUAGGUUUGAUUAUGAGGUUAGUUGUUUUGCUUUUACAUCUUUUAGUAUAUUUGAUACAGAACUAUCCAACAUGGUACACAAGUUUUUUCCUUUGUAGGAUGAUGUCUUACAAAACAGUUUCAAUAUAUUGCGGAUGUUUGUCCAAAUUUAUGGAGCUACUGCUGCACCACCGAUCCUGGCAAAACACAUAACAGAAGCAGAAGCAAAGUAUAGCAGCCUUUUGGAAGCUUUAGGGCCUGAAUUAUCUGUAGGCUAUCAAAAAAGAUGUGAAGAAGCUACUAAAGAAGGCGGGAAGAAAGGCGGCCCCCCUCUAGGAACAUGGUGCAUACCUCAUGUCAUUGAAGAUGAGGAUCUGUAUAGGUCCACUGUUUCAAGUCCCAAGCCUUAACAGCAACACCAAGGUGUCACAGUUGAACGGCUUGCACCAAUAUUUGCAUCAUGAUCAACCACCAUGUUUAGCGUGAGAUAUGACAAAUCGAGAAUUAUUUCAUAUUUAGAUUUUUCCUUUGCACUUUAUGCUCAAAUAAAACAAUUUGACUGCUGGUAAAAAAGAUCCACAUUAUUAUAGAAUUGCAGAAAUUAAAGUUCACCGUUGUUCAUAAUAAAGUUUAAUUAAAAG